AUGGUAAUCAGUUUAAAGCAGGACCCUGCGUCUGUCGGACAUCUGCCAGAGGGGAAGGUGAUUAAAGUUUAUAAUGAAGAUAACACCAGCAAAGCUGUGGAGGCCCCCGACGUCACUGCUCGGGACAUUUGCCAGCUGUUCGUUCUGAAGAACCACUGCAUUGACGACCACAGCUGGACUCUCUUCGAACACCUCUCCCAUGUGGGAAUCGAACGAACCAUCGAAGACCAUGAGUCCGUCAUGGAGGUGCUGUCAGGCUGGGCGAUGGACACGGACAGCCGGCUGUAUUUCAGGAAGAAUUACGCCAAAUAUGAGUUCUUCAGGAAACCACUGGACUUUUUUCCAGAUCACAUGCUGUCCAUAUCCACUGAAACCAACGGCUCGGCGGAUCACUCUGAACUCAUUCAGACUUUUCUCAAAUCCAGCACUUGUCCGGAGAUUCACGGAUACCUCCACGCCAAAGAGCAAAGCAGGAAGUCUUGGAAGAAGUUUUUUAUCUUAAGGCGGUCAGGACUUUAUUUCUCCAAUAAGGGGACUUCCAAGGAACCGAGGCACCUCCAGUUCUUUGCAGACUUCAGUGACAGUGAUGUCUACACCGUGUUGUCGGCCAAAAAGCUCCAUGGAGCGCCGACGGAGUUUGCCUUCUGUGUCAAGUCCACGAAGUGCAGCGCGGCGCGGGACUUGAAGCUUCUGUGCGCAGACGACGAGCAGACGAGGACCUGCUGGAUCACGGCCAUGCGCCUGUUAAAGUUUGGGAUGCAGCUGUACCAGAACUUCAUUCAGCCACACCAGAAGCAAAAGACUUCUCCAAUGAGGAGCAUCUCCGAGAACUCGCUGGUGGCCAUGGACUUCUCUGGCCAGAAGAGUCGAGUGAUUGAGAAUCCAUGCGAGGCGCUGUCCGUGGCUGUAGAGGAAGGCCUGUCGUGGAGGAGGAAAAGCUGCCACCGUCUGAGCGGUCAUGGGAGUCCCUCCUCUGCACAGAGCUCCGUGCCCAACAUCGCGAUCCACCUGACGCAGCCGUGGUUCCACGGUAAACUGGCUCGGGAGGAGGCUCAGCGGCUCAUCACUCAGCAGGGCCUGAUUGACGGAGUGUUUCUGCUGAGGGACAGCCAAAGCAACCCAAAGACAUUUGUAUUGUCACUGUGCCACACGCAGAAAAUCAAACACUUCCAGAUCUUACCAGUGGACGACGAAGGGGACUUGUUCUACAGCCUGGACGACGGCCUCACGCGAUUCACCGACCUGAUCCAGCUGGUGGAGUUCUACCAGCUGAACCGCGGGGUGCUCCCCUGCAAGCUCAAGCACCACUGCGCCCAGAUCGCCCUGUGAGCGAGCCAGGGACCCACCAGAGGUCCCCCAGGACCACGAGCUCCUUUGUUCUCCUGGACAAACACUCCCUGUCCCCUCGUGCCUUGAAGAGGAAAGCUAUCCAGACUGUUGCUUUCAUGAUGCGACACGCGGCCCUAGCCUUACCUUUCUUCUGAAGAAAAACUGAGGAUUUUUUUUUUUUUUUUUUCCAAAUAGACUUCGUGUUAAUGGCCACUGGUGCUGAAGAUCACAUGCAGCGUAAUGUUUUCACCCCCAGUGAAGUGUCUUUAUGUAGCAGACAUGAGCUGUUUUUUACCAUUUGUCUGUUUAUGUCUCUUUGUAAUCUUUGCAAUUCUUACACCAGGACACAAACGAGAGGAAGUCGUGGUACACACAGGAGUUUGAGUUUUCAGUGAAAACAUGAACUGCUGUAUCUAUAGUGUGAUUACAUUUCCCUGCUUGCGAUCGUGUCUCCCUGCCACUUCUGUGCAGCCGUAUCAUGCUUGAAACACCUUCUCACUGUUAAAAGGAAAAAAAAAAAAAAA